AUGCAGGAGAUGUUUUCAAUGUAUAUUAAAAACCGGGCUCAGAUCUCGUUUAUCGAGUUGUAUGUUGAGUUUGAACAAUCUGAGACUGACCGAAACAUUCUACGGGAAGAUUAUAAUAGUGAUAGUGAAGAAGAGUUCGAAAGCAACUACGAAUGUGUUGGUGCAGAUGGAGUUGAAGCUCAUGGUGACGGAACUAUGGAUCCAGAUGUGACAGAGGUGGCAGAUGCACUCGCAAACGAUAUGCUGUUUGCGGAGCCUUCAUUCAUAGAACCGGACCGGUUAGUAUUUGGUUCAUCGGGGUUGACGGUCGAACCGAUCGGUUUGGACCGGUUUUUUACAUCUGACGUUCAUGUUCGUAUUUGUGAUAAAAGUUACACAAAGUUCCUAUUGUCGCAGAUGGUGAAUUUGCUGUUGGGAUGGAGUUUAGUUCCCGGGAAGCUGUUAUUAAGGGUUAGUCUGAUCAGCAGGAAGUAUUGUUGGGUUAUAAGGAGGUAUAAUGGUAGUCACACUUGUACCAGAGCCACCAUUUCACAGGAUCAUUCGAAGCUAGACUCCAUCACAAUUGCAGAAGCAAUAAAGCCACUGGUUGAGGCUGACCCAUCCUUAAAGGUAAAAUCGGUUAUAGCAGAAGUGCAGUCGAAGUUUAACUAUACCGUUAGUUAUCGGAAAGCUUGGUUGGCUAAGCAAAGGGCAGUAGAAAAAAUAUUUGGAGGUUGGGAGGCAUCGUACGAAGCGUUGCCUAUAUGGUUUCAGGCCAUGUGUCAUAAGGAGCCAUCAGCUGUUGUCCAUUUUGAGACUAUGCCUGCAUAUCAAGGCGAUGACUUGGUCAGUCAUAUUCGGGUACUGCAUAGAGUAUUCUGGAGUUAUUACCCCUGCAUCAAGGCAUUCAGACAUUGUAAGCCACUUGUCCAGGUGGACGGGACUCACUUGUACGGAAAGUAUAAGGGUUGUCUACUAGUCGCAGUUUCACAGGAUGGCAACAACAACAUCGUCCCAAUUGCGUUUGCUAUUGUCGAUGGAGAGACUUCUGAUGCAUGGCACUUUUUCCUUAGUAACUUGCGUCAACAUGUUGUCACUCGGGAUGGUGUGGGACUAAUAUCCGACCGACACGAAUCCAUCAAUGCAGCUGUGGAACGGAGAUAUUCGAGGACGGUGCGGGAGUACGAAGUGCGUUACCAGCGAUUACGGGAACGGGGGGAAGCGUACACUAACUGGUUAAACCGAAUUCCUCGCGAACAGUACGCACUGGCGUUUGAUGGUGGAUACCGAUGGGGUCACAUGACAACGAAUCUAGUGGAAUGCAUCAAUUCAGUGUUGAAGGGUGCACGCAAUCUUCCCAUUACUGCUCUUGUCAAGGCAACAUUCUACAGGCUGAACGAGCUUUUCACCAGAAAAAGAGCGGAGGUAGAAGCGUGGAUUAAUGCUGGCCAUGUGUUCUCCGAAGUCGUGACCUCGAAGUUGCAUGCAAACCAACUUGCAUCAGGAAACAUUCAGGUCAGUUGCUUUGACCGGCAGAAUGAGGUCUUCGAGGUGCGUGAGAUGCCAAGCGGACUGGAGUUUGCAGUUGAUCUACGUGGCCUUCGAUGUGACUGUGGAGAGUUCCAGGUGGACCGGAUCCCCUGCAGACAUGUGUUCGCAUGUUGCGCCAACCAGCGACUGGAUUGGAAACUGUAUGUGCAUGAUGUGUAUAAGAUGGACCAAGUUCGGCGGGUGUACCGAGCAAGAUUUGGCCACUAG